CCUGCCUUCAAUUUAAUCCGAUCAUUGGUGAAGUUGAGAGGAAUCAAAAAUUUGCAUCGAAAUUGCUGGAAAGGUUCACUGCUCGACCAAAUCUUCGUGUCAUGUUUUUGCCGCCAUUAAAGACACUAUCGAUCCGUCUAUUUAACAUUUUAAAUAAUAUUCGCAGGUUUCGACCAAAUGACUUCGAUAUCCUGGUUCUACCCGAAAUGGCCUUCACUGGAUAUGUUUUCAAAAACAAGAAACACAUCGAACCUUUCUUGGAAGAUGCGGAGGCAGGAACCACGGUCCAAUGGGCCAAAAAUCAAGCCAUGAGAUUACACGCAUUCGUUAUGGUUGGUUAUCCCCAAAUCGUUAAAGGAAAUCCUGAUAAAUUCUAUAACAGUGUGUGCUUCGUUGGUCCGGAUGGUGAACUAAUAGACAC